CGCCUCGGCGAGGCUGUAAAUCUCGGAUUACAUCCAAGCAAGAUGGUCGCAGUGGAAUCUAGCAUUGUAAAUAUGACAAACGAUCCUUAAUGAAAGAAACAAAAACUGUAACUCCGUUGGAGGAUACUCAAGACGAUAUCCAGGGGAGCAUGUCAGCGGGAAAAUCGUGUCUUGAAGACGAUGAAUGUCAGUUCAGUUCUGACCAGGACCCUGACGUCACCAACUCCCAGCAGCAGUCUGCAGCAUCAUGUAACCUGACACCGGGACAGAAGCUUGUUCAAUACUUCACAAGUCAGACCACCAAUAUGAACAGUUCCCAAUAUGCAAAUAUUGGAUCGUCUGGGAGUAAUAUAACUAGGCAGGAUUCUUCUGGGCACAAUAGUGGAUCUUCCGGGACCAACAUUGGUAGCAUGUUGACAGAUGAGCAACAUCAGCAGCAGCAACAUCAUGGUAGUUAUGCCACACAGAAUCAGUCAAAUCUUCAACAACAGUCACAGCCAUCUCAACCCUUGUAUGGGGAAACAGCAAACAGUUCUUUUUCUCCACAGGAGACCAUCACACAGCAUCAUGACCAUUUUGACAGCAGUAAACUGGACGGGCUCUCAGAACAUUUGGAGGAAAGUGCUUUUGCGGAUCAUUUCAGUGUUGUUGUAGGGAGUUCUGAGCACGUUGAUCAGGCCAUUUUUGUACAGACAGGUGCCUCAAAGGCACAGCAGCAUUGUGGUGGUACUGAACAGCAACAGAAUCAACAAUCUAGUACUUACCAACAGUCUCAACAGAGCUCUUUCAAUGUAUCCACACAGCAAGUACAGUUCCAACAACAGGAGAAUUUCCAGACGCCACAAGAACAGCAACAGCAUCAGUCGCUUCAAUAUCAGCAGUUUCUUGGGCAUUUUCAACAACCACAAGCUGCAAAUAAGCAGCAAGACUCGUUUCAAAGAGAAAACAGUACUCCCCUUAUACAGCAGCAUGACUCAGCAAUGAAUAGCCAUUUUCAUCAACAACAAGGAACGUUCCAGAGACAAAACAGUUCUUUUGUGCAGCAGGCACAGCCAUCGAGUCCUGCAGUAUCUGAAGCAAACCCUUUGUCACAACAGUCCAUGCCUGUUUUACAACAUGGGAUGAUGGACCAGUCAGCGUUACAACACCAGCGGUUACAGCAAGGGCAACCACAGCAGCAGUCUUUGAACCAACAGCCAAUGCAGCAUGGACAAUCCCAACAACAGCUGCUCCAGCAACAGUUACAACACAACCAACAGGCCCAGCUACAACAAACAGGAAUGAUUCCUCAAUCCUUGAUUCAUCAGAUCCCACUGGAUAAUCAGUCACAGCAACAGCAAAAACCGGUGAUGCAUCAGCAGCAGUUGCAGGUGAAUAUGGCCCCACAAGAACCAGCAAAUUUACAAAUUGCUGCUCUUCAACAGCAGAUUUCGGCUUUGCAGCAGCAAAUCCAACAGAAUCCAGUGCAGCAGAAUAUCCAAGCCCAACUAGAUCAGAUGCGACAGCAGAUACAAGCAUUACAGAAUCCAAUACAACGUCAUAUUCAGGGUCAACCAGGUGUUAUUCCACAGCAGGUCCAGGUUACCCCUAGUCCGAUUCAACAUCAACAGCAAAUGCAGAUUCAACAACAAGGUGCAUUGUCUCAGCACAUGCAGAGUCAAAUGACAGAUCCACAGAGUCCAAUGACACAUCAAAUACAAAGUCAGACAACCCCAUUACAGCAAAGGGCAGAUCCACAGAGUCCAGUGACACAUCAGAUACAAAGUCAAACAACCCCAUUACAGCACCAGGUACAGACACAACCAAGUCCAGUGCCUCAACACGUACAGAGUCCAAUGUCUGUGAAAACCCAAGACCCACAGAGCCCAUUGCAAAUUCAAAUGCAAGCUCAGCAAAGUCCAAUGUCACAACACACAUCUGUACCAUCAAGCCCUAUCCAGAAUCCAGUGCAAAUGCAGAAUCCUUCAAUUCACCAGAUACAGACACAACAAAAUUCAGUGGGUCAGCAAAGUCCAGUGCCGAUGCAACCAUCCAUCAACAGUCCUAUACAACAGCAGAUUCAUGCACAGCCAAGUCCAAUGUCACAGCAGGUACAGUCCCCUCCAAACCUAAUGUCACAACAAAUGCAGUCACCCCUGCCACAGAGUCCAAGACAACAACAAAAAAUGCCAGUUGAAACAUCUUUUGCCCAGCCCCAGAUACAAGGCUGCACUACUUCAGUGAGUCUGCCAAUACAGAGUCAACCAAAUCAGCUGCAACAUCCAGGACCAAUCCAACAGAGUCCCUUGCUUCAGAGCCAUGAAUCACCAAGCCCAAUGCAGAGGAUACAGAACCAGCAGAAUCCAACACAGCAUUUUCCAUCAGACCAGCAACUGCCACAAAGCCAAAUUUUUGGGCAACCGUCUAAUUCUAAUUUGCAACAGGAGUUGAAACCGAAACAGAGCAUUUUACAGGCAUAUUUGGAACAGCAACAGGUUAAGGAUGAAAAGUUACUGCCACAACUUCAGCAGCAAAGCAGCAUUCAACAAGAGCUGCCACAAACAGGAAUACAGCAACAGUUGCAGCAAGAACAAAGUCUGUUACAGCAGUUGCAGCAACAGCAGCAGAAGCCACAGGCAGCUGCACCCCAAGGGUUGGACAUGAAUCAGUUUCCUGCUGGGCAGAGCAGUUUGCCCCAGCAACAACAACUCUCCCAGCUUCAGCCACCACAUCAGAAUCUGCUACAGCAACAGCAGCAACAGGAACAGCCAAUGCAGGUUGGCACAGAAGACCAGAAUCAAAACUUUUUGGUCGCUUCUUCUGUGGUGCCUUCGUCUUUUCAGAUUCAGCAAACACCGCCAUUGGUAGUUCACAACAGUUUUGCUUCACUUCCCAUGGUUGCACAGCCACAGCAUACCCAGAGUUCCCUGUCAAAUACACUUCCCGCCCAAACAGGUGCUGCCAUGUCUGUAACUUCUACUCAGCAGCAUACAACAUUGUUACAAGGCCACCAAGAAGUUGAACAGAGUUGGGCUUCUCAACAACAAGACAUUUCUCUGCCACUGGCAAACCAGCAGAACAAUAAUGUCUUUGAUUCUGUCAUGGCAUCCCAGAUACUACAACAGCAACAGCUGCAGAAGCAGACAUCGCAUGGCCACGAGGAAGACGAUGGUCAUGGGUUUGUGACUUUAGCUACGAAGGAGCUUGUUCAACUCCUAGCGGAAACUUCAACUCAUUCUCAGCAGCAUUUUCAGUUUGAUCAACAGCAGCACGUAUCAUCUCUGGCGCAGAUGAUAUCACAGCCCUUGUCAACGGCCACUGUAGGGGUGAUGUCACAGCGAGGGGCCGCAGCCACUGGAGUGGCCUUCCUCCAGCAAGUAUUGAGAGACAACACAGAUUUGCCUGCAGGAAAAUCAGAAAGUGGUAGUCACAUGAAUACUUUCAAUGUGAACAGUGUAGUGACGGGUACCAGUAGUUUGGCUGCGUCAGUGGGUAGCACGUAUUCAAGUCAAGCUUCUGUGUCUCAGACAAGUAAUGCUGUGUUUUGUUGCCAACAGUCUGCUGUAGUCCAAGGCAAUAGAAGCGUGGAAGCUGUUAGUAUUCUGCAGGGCCAUUGCGUUGAUAGUUUACCAACAUUUUCUGUGGCAGCUAAUAAUGUAUUUGAGACCAGCGCUCCAGCAAGCACUCCCGUUGAGACCAGUACGUAUCUCACUUCAGGAGUGGCUCUGGAGGCUAGGACCAUCACCACUGUGGCAGCCAUCACGCCUGACACCACCGCUGUCACGCCAGUGAUGGCCAGCUCCGCUCCCAAAGAACUGCUCAAGUUUUUGAUCACUGAAACACAUCCAAUAUCCAGCACGGUGGAGAGCUUCUCUAAGCCACAGACUGAGCUGGCAAGGCACUUAGACGAUGAAAUGUUUCUGUCUCCCACACACUCCGACUCAGACCAGGAGCCUGACAGCACCGAUGUUUCGACUCCAAUUGCCAGCAUGUCCGAAGAUACCCAAAUGGCAUUGGUUCAGCGAUCAAAUGACCUGGUUUUAGAUGAUGAGACCAUAUUCAGUACUCUAGAUGAAGGAGAAUAUUUUGGGGGCAUGUUUGAUAACAAUUACAAUAAGCCGAGAAAGGUUGCCAAGGCCCACAGGCAUGAUACACCCUCUAGCCGACCAAGUGAUUGUACUACGCAGAAAGCCCCUGGGCAGGAAAAAGGAUUUGACGUGAAUGGGGCGUCUGUGAUUUUCAGUAAAUUUGGAAAAGAUGUGCCGGGAGUGUUUACUUUCACAGGCAAUUCGACAAGCACGUCUGCAGUGCUAAAAACAAGGCCAUCAACAAAGCCAGUAGUAAUUUCAAAGGGACUGAAACGGGAGGCGAGCGGUUCGUGUCUGGGCAAGUCCCGGGGGUGGAAAGAGCCGUCCCUGGUUCAGGCAUUUGUGUCUAAGGUGGGAGAGUAUGAGCUGAAAGUGGUGACCCAGCCUGAGAAGCAGCACAGGGCCAGGUACAUGACGGAAGGCAGCCGAGGCGCUAUUAAGGAUGAGUCCCAGCAGGGGAACCCCGUGGUGCAGUUGCUGGGUUACCACCAGCCCUGUACCCUGCAGAUCUUCAUCGGCACAGACACGGGGAAGGUUCGCCCUCACGGCUUCUACCAGGUGUGUAAGGUCAGUGGGAAGAGCUCCACCCCCUGCAGGGAGCGCGACAUUGACGGGACCACGGUGAUAGAAAUAGAUAUGAACCCAGAGUCGGAUAUGACAGUGAAGUAA